UUUGUGUCCUUUCUGGUUCUGGGGGAGGUUGAUGGCGAGGUUCCAGUUGAUCCCCGUCAGAUUGAGCUGGACGGCACUUUUGGCUCUGGGCCACUUGACCUACCUGCUGGUGGGGGCGAUCGUCUUCCAGAUACUGGAGCGAGAGGCUGAGAGCAACAACCGAAACCACUUCCAGCUGGAGAAAUUGUACUUCUUGGCUAAUUAUACGUGCCUGGAUGGAGAAGCCUUGGAGAAAUUUGUUCAGGUGAUUUUAGAUGCCUGGGAAACGGGAGUGAAUCCUUCAGGCAACUCAACGAACCCCAGCAACUGGGAUUUUAGCAGCUCCUUCUUUUUUGCAGGAACAGUGGUCACAACCAUAGGCUAUGGUAACCUCUCCCCAAGCACUGUAUCUGGUCAAGUGUUCUGUGUGUUUUAUGCCCUCUGUGGGAUUCCACUGAACCUGGCGUUCCUCAAACAGCUGGGGAAGUGUCUCACCGUCCACCUCGGUCGACUCGAGAGGGGAAUGGUCUCAGUCGUUCCCCACAAGCAAGCAGUGGAGGUCAUGGCGGUGGGUUUGUUCCUCAUCACUGGAAGCCUGCUGUUUCUGGUCAUCCCUCCUCUGCUGUUCAGUUACGUAGAAGGCUGGUCGUUUGGAGAGGGCUUCUAUUUCGCCUUCAUUACCCUCAGCACCAUUGGCUUUGGAGAUUAUGUGGUGGGAACCGACCCCGACAAGGACUACAUCUCUGUGUACCGCAGCCUGGCAGGGAUUUGGAUCAUCUUCGCCCUCGCCUGGCUCGCCCUCAUCUUCAAUCUGGGAGCCAGAAUAAUGGAGCAUGUGUUUCUCCUGACCCAUCCAGGCUUCAAGAAGCAAGAAGAGGAAGAGGACGUGUCAUCCAGUAAACUAGAAGACUCCUCCAAGAUCUGACGCUGGACUGUAGACACAAAUCUACCAUGAAUACUGAGUUGCUGGAAGAUAGUUUGUGGUUGUUUUCUGUACUUGCUGUGUUAAAAUGGCAGCACAGUAACAUGAUUGGAUGGAGCAGCUAUUAGUUUGUUAGAAAAUACAGUUUUUGUAUGAUAUGUGCCCAUGUACAUACUGUAUAUUCACUCUGUGAUUCUGAAACUGGAAUAACAUUAAAGGCUUUAGUUUUGCAGUUCUACCUCAGUGAAGCCAAAGAGUUAGAAUCUUGAACACAUGUUUAAUAAAGUCUUGUACGGGGCAGGA